AUGAUUGGAGGUUUGGAAGGUUGGCAGGAUCAAGCUUUGCACGUGUUGGGCUCGAAGCAGGGGCAUGGAGGCGCUCGACCCAGAGCUGGAGCAAGGGGGAAUUGGGCCAUCGCGCGACAUGGGCUUGCGCUAGGCAAGCUGGCCACGUGCUCCGAUUUGGAGCGGACUGGCGCAUCACCUGGGCCUCGCUGGGCACUACUCAACGACCAUGUCUUCUGA